CCGGAGAGUGCUUGGUUCGGUUGAGGGAUGGCAAGCGGCUAGGAGUCACGACAAGAUGUAUUUCAAGCUGCACGCGGUUUAUAAUUCGAAGGGCGGCAUCGUGGCUGCUUUCAAAGGGGCGGCCCUAUCGUGGGAUCUGUUCCAGGGGUUUGGUGCAGGGGCCUUAAGGACCCCUUUCUACACAGACCUUGCGGCUGAAGGUCUUGUUUCCGCUAGGGAGUUCUUCAACUUGUUGGAAAAGAGAGACGUCCACCUUGAUGAACCCUGCCAGAUCUCAUGCGACCUGGCGCUCUCGCAGCCUGUGCAGAUGUGCAUCGGGUUCGAGUCAAGCGGUGCUCCUUCCGAGGGAGGAGAUUUGGGUUUCGGUUCUUCAUUCCAACUCCACCGUGGGGAGGAACGUGGUCGCUUCGACGACAGCGACGGGGAAGAAGAGGAGAGGACGUCGGGUUCCCCGACGGGUCCGAUCGACGUCGAUGCGGCAUAUUUCCUCGAAUGGAAAGACGUCGUGCGCACAAAGCGCGAGAUACCCGUUAACCCGUCGCAAGUCGUCGACAUCGGGGAGUGGGAAGCGGGGUACAACCAGCGUUCCUUGGAUCCGGUGCAUACACAGCUGAUCAUCGAUGCGAUGACGACGGCCUACUCGCAGGCCUCGAAGACUUACGGGCUGCCCACACUACUGAGGCUGGCGCCAUUGGGGCUGGAGAAACCGAAGCCGUGGGUGCGUGCACAGCGUAUGAAGCCCGAGAACUGGAAGGACGAGCUGGCGGGCCAAUACUAUUACUACGCUGUUGUCGGCCAGCAUAACGUGGCCGCCGCCAGGACACUGCUUGGCACAGACGUGGCGGUGAGGUACAACUUCGAGAGGUGGCCUGCGCGAAUGGUGUACUUCUCCGACGCGGACUUUGAAGGGUAUUUUCUGGUGAGUGCCGAGGAUAACAAGAAGGACCUGAAGGCGCCUCCCAGACAGCAGAAACUGUCGAUGACGGACAUCCGGUGGUGCUGGAAGGAAAAGGGUUACCCCAGAGUUGUUAUGGGGAACCCGAGCGGGAAACAGGCUCAGGUGGAGUCUUGGCGCUGGUUUUGUGAAGAUGCGCUUCAAAAGAUGCCGUACAAUCAUUUGUGGACACUCGCUGACGACAAGACCGAGCAGGGCAUAAGUAAGCAGAACGCUGCCCUUCGAUCUUAUUUCCCGCUUGCGAUGGCCGGGGAGAGCCUGUGGAAAAUGGGAAUGGAAUUUUUCAAGAAAUGGGAGACGGGCAGACUGUUGGCGCCCGAAGGGGCAAAGUGGAUCGCGAAGAAGAAGAAGGUGAAGGGCGUCAAGGGCGGUGUGAGCCACAUCGAGAAUGAUAAGACCGGGCGAAAGGAGGUCGUCUACAACAUCCCCGUCGAAGCGCGUCAAAAGAAAGGAAAAAAAGAAAAGGAAUCCGGCGACUGGUUCGUCCAAGUCAACGAGCUGGAUCUGCACUGCUGGAAAAGCAUGGAAGCCCUCACGGACAAUGAGAAAUGUCGGCUGCUGAAGAAGGUUCUCAACUGCGAGGUGGUGUGGGUGCAGACCGACUCCUCUUUGUUGGCAAAGCAAGGGAAGCUGGGGAUGCAAGAGGCAGUGCAUCUGGUGAAGUGCGACCGCAUCUUGGUGCGGUUAUGGAACUACUACCAGUUCAAGUAUGAGAAUCGGCCCGACUCCGAGUGGACGCGUUCGUAUCCCUUCCUGCGGAAAAGAGAGGCGAUUUUGGCGCAGUUCAAAAGUCAGGGACUGGAUGCAGCAUUGUGGGACGGAAGCAAGAAACUCGUUGGAGACUCAUCGUUGUUCAGAGACUGUCCCCCGUUCAUGGGCUGCGAGGACGACAAGUCGAUCAAGGCGACAGAAAAACUGGUUCUCGACAAGAAGUUGUCCAUCGACUGGAAGAACAAGGUCCUUUCCAUGCUGACCUGCAGCAGGUCGAAGAGCAUGGAUGUCGCGCUCGCCGAAGGCAUGAUGCAUAUUCGGUGGCAGGACUCGGGGGAUGUGACAUCCAUCGCCCCCUUCGGCGUCGAUCCUCUGGAGGCGCAGAUGAAGGUCGUCGAGUUGGAGAAAGCGGUUGGGAUCACGAAAUGUGACGACUUGCGGGAUAACACGUCUGUUGUUUACGACACGAGGUUGGAGGCGGGUGAUGCUGCUGCUGUGGGGGCACAUGUCAAAGUCACAUCGAUUGACGUCUCGGAGAUGCCGUUCGAGCCUUCUGAAUGGCCCCUGGUCAUACCUGUCCGAGACCGCAAAGCUUACAAGGACAUGGAAUGGAACCCCGCACAGUUGGCCCAUCUGCUGGAAUUCGUGUGCAAAAAGGGGGAGGGUGUCAUGUUUCUCAGGAAGGCGCAUGCGCAAGUCGUGUGGGAGGCUUUGAAGGGCGGUCGCAACAUCAUCGCGUUGGAGGGGAAUUCGGAGUUGCUGCAAUACACGUUGAAUUUCCUGAAAGGCGAGCUCCGAGUCGCAAGUUACAGUGCAUUGAUUGACACAGACGAAGAGGCAACGACCGGAGUCGUUUUCGACACGAAUGUUCCGGAGGAGGAUAGCGACACCAAGGAAUUCGCCCUGAAUUACCUCCCUGCUCCUGUUCUUCCGCCCCCGGGCUCCUCGACGGCAGGUGCAUCGUCAACCCAGGCCACUCCAGCGACGCCCGUUCGCAGGUCCACCCUCGGCAAGACCCCCAGCAAGCUGUUGGCGAAACUCACACCCCGUACUGUUGCCCCGCCUCGCUUGCGUCCAGGGAGUGCAGUCCUGCCGGAACAUCCUUCUUGGAAGGAUGAGUCCAUUCACUUUGAAGGGCACGACCACACUCGUUCCAGUGAAGCAGACUGGGGUCAAGACAUGAUUUGGCACCCGGGAACGAUCCAGCCUGCAAUCCGCGAAGGGGAGUGGAUCAUGGCCGUCGUGGACUCGGCUGGGCAGUGGGAGCCAUGCUCGCGCCUUCCCAAGUCCGAGUACUUGCAACUCGCAAGCAGUGGUGUGGCGGAUAAAGUGGCGUCAGAGAACCCCCAUUUCCAGGCCACCGACCCGGCCAUCGUUAAACACGCUGAUCGUUUGUUUCUGGAGCUUCAAGACAAGGGGUGGUUGGAACUCUCGGACGAGUUUUACGACUUCGACACGAGCCCUUCGAAGGGAAGCGUGGACUUGAAGGUCCCCCCUGCGACGGGAUCGCAGGGGAGUGCGGGAGGGGGACCUCCAGGCCCUCCGGGCGGUGGAGGGGGUGGGGGAAGCGGCAAGGGGACAGGAGAGGGCGCCGCAUCAGGGGGAUCGGUUGGCACUCACGACCAGGGCAGAACAGUGGAAAGCGGCGGCCGGGUCGGGUUGUUGAACGUUGCUGACAAGACGACCGUCGGGGCCAGCAAAUCGGCUAAGUUCGCCGACAUCCGAACUUCUCAGAACGUGGAGCCGCUGCCUUUGGACGCUGCGAAGUCUGUCAGCGUCCGCGUUGCAUCCACUAAACAUUGGUCGGCCCUCCCCUCGAUGACUGAAUUCGCCGCUUCCGUUGGCACCGGGAGAGGCUUGAGUGCCGGUGUUCCGAUCACCGGCGUCAAGUACAAGUCCGCCGCUAUCCGGACGAAGCCUCCUGAGGUACACGAUGGGGAGCCCGUCCUGCGCAGCGCCACAGGAGCAGAAGUGUCGGAAAUGGGUGCUAAAACGAAGUUCGUCGGAAUCCGCACUUCGGUUUCGUCCGGUGCGAUGUCCGACGACUUUCCUACGCAGCAGGGGACUGCAUCGGCCGUCGGAGACGGGCAGCCUGCUGAGUUCAAUGCACGGUUGGAUAGCGGGGCGCCGUCUGUGCUCUGCAAUUUGAACUCCGUCGGUAUCCGAACUUGCUGGGGAACGGACCUGCAGUCAGAGGUCGUCGGGUGGGCGGAAGAUGAGACGUGUGCGGGGGCAGAGCACUUGUCGACGGGAGUCGACGCGGGGCCGGUGGGAGGAGCUGAUAUGCGCGAGAGGGAUGGGGGGGAGGAAUGGGUACAAGUGGAGGACGGCCAAGAAGAACUUGAAUGGAAAGAAGGUGGGGAAGGAGCGGAAGGGGAGGACGAACGGUCGGAGGGUGGAGAAGAUGCUAACUGCGGUGACGUCGACAACGAAGCGAAGACGAUGGAAAUGGAGACUCAGGUGGGAAUUGGCCUUUCCGCAGACCCGGAUGCCUGUGACGUGCACCCGCUGGUGGCGGCAGUGCAUCUCUGGGACGUAUGCGACGAGGUCACCAUGGCACUGGGCCGGACGAAAACGACUCAUCGAUCGGACAUCAACGACGUCACUGAUUGCAAACUCCGCGAACAACAGGCCAUAACAACUCCGUCCACGCCUACAAAAACCGUCGGGCGCGUCGACACCGAUCAUUCCUCGGGCGCCGACUUGGAGGCCUCGUCGCCCUUCUCUCCAACAGUAGCAGACACCUUCCCUGGCACAGCGGAUGGCGGGGUUGCCGGCUGCCAGCAUCUGACGUCCCCGAAAAAAAGCAGGGUGGCCACUCAGCCUCUCGCGGUGCUUGCCUUACCCGCGCCCCGGACGCCGAUGAAGGAACGGAGGGAGAAACCAGCUGUUGACGCCAGAGCACGUGGAGCCUGCGGGGGGAUUUUCGAUAACGCGAUUGCGCCUCGAGUCUUGACGAUUAUGGGUGACAUAUCCCGAGGCUUGGUGCCACCUCAUCAUGUUCUAUCUACUUUCGGUGAUGGUCAAGUGAGAAUCACAGCUAAAGAUCUGCUCACCGUCUUGCUUGUCGAUGGGAAGCUCAACGAUGAGGUGGUGAAUUUCUACAUGGCGCUUUUGCGGUCGACUGCAUGCAUGACACGUCAAACAUCAUCAGGCCUUCGAGUCUUCAGCUUCAGUUCUUUCUUCUUCAGUAAGCUGCAACAUCAUGGACACAGUGGGGUAGAAAGGUGGGCUAAGAAUGUAGAUCUGCUUCAUUUCGAUAUGAUCUUCGUUCCGGUGCAUAAAGACAAUGAUCACUGGAUCCUCCUUUCCAUCAAUUUGAGGGACAAUGUCUUCGAGAUUUCCGACUCCUAUCCUCGCGUUAUAGCAGAUUCGCGUUUCUACCUUAGUGUUUUCGAGUUGAUUGUACAGUACUUAGAACGUCAUACCUCACACGGCCGGUCGCCUAGGAGUUGGGAGUCUAUGGGGGGAACGUUGAUGUGGAAGGAGUUCCGAGACAAGUUGACGGAGCUAGUUGCGGGGUGUCCAUGUUGACGUUUGCAACGCUGUUGCAACGCGGUGAUCGACCACCUUUCAGGUUCUCUUCUGAAGAUAUACCUGUAAUUAGACGACAAUUGGCAACAUGUCUUUUGGAACACCAUUGUCUUUGAUUGAUUUCCAUGACUUAUGUACAUUUUUUUGACUAUAUUUCAUUCAAUGGCGAUUGUUUUUGCUUAGACAUGACAUUACUCCACUGCCUUUCUCAGUGCAACUUCGUUCUCUUUUAUUCGCUCAAUUUCGAGUUCUGUUUAGGAUGAUCGCUGUCUGUAUGGUGGCAUUUGUAGUCUUUGUCAUCUGCAUCUUUUCUCGUGCGGUGGGACAAAUUCUUGUUGCGUUCUUUUCUUCGAAUUUCACAUAUAAGAACUUACAGUGUGCAUAACAAUUGAAAUCAGAUGAUAUCCGAAUUUCUUGUGCGGUUUAAUAAAUUGGUGUGUCCAUGCAUAGCAACUCGCGAUAAGUGCGUCAGUGUGCAGUUCGUUACGCGACCAUCACUUGCUUUGUGAUUGUCUGUAGUGCAUUUAACAAAUGACUUCGCGUUCAUGUCUGGGACUUCUGUGAAUGGCCUGCUCAAGUGCAGAUGUUGCUUGCCAAUAUAAUCAACCCCCUUCUUUGUAUGCAUUUCAUCACAUAGCGAAAAAAACCCAGAUAUUAUCAAACAUACAUUGCAUCACUUGAACAAAGUGCAAUAGCGAUG